CCUACCCACAAAUUAAGAAAGAAAAUGGGGGUAGACAUACAGGGAAAGCUCCGGCUGGCUCUCGGCUCCGUGAAGGACCAGGCCUCCAUCGGCAAGGCCAUGAUAUACAAUCAUCACGACGGCUUUUCCAACAUAGAGGUUGCCGUCCUGCGUGCUACCGGCCACGAUAACGGCCCCAUCGAUGACGAGCACAUUCACGAGAUCCUCUUCCUCGUCUCCAACUCACCCGGAUCCAUUCCUUUUCUCGCCGAGCGGAUCUCUCGCCGUCUUUGCAAAACCAGAGACCGCCUCGUCGCCCUCAAGACCCUCGUCCUCAUCCACCGCCUCCUACGCGGCGGCAACCGCUGCUUCGAGCAACAGCUACGCGGCGCUCACGUUUCCAGCCAUCUCCAACUGAACGCCACGUGGAUUUCCAAGGACUCUUUCCUACGCAAAUACGCAGCCUAUCUGGAAGAAAGGAUGGCGUGGCUCAUUAACCAAGCCGGUAAACUCGAACCUGUUGUCAUGUCUCAAGGCUUGGAUUUUCGAUGCUACGAGGAGAAGUCAAUCGACAUGGUGUUUCGUAAAUUGCCAAAAUGUCAACUACUCAUAGACCGGGUCUUGGAUUGCUCACCGCUCGAUGCAGCCUUACCUUCAGAUUAUCUCGCUCAGGCAGCCAUGAUCAGCACUCUGAAAGAGAGCUUCCAAGUGUACUUCACAUUUUGUGAAGGCAUCACGGCUCUCGUUAACAUGUUCUUUGACUUAAACAGGGCGGCGAGAGGUUUAGCCUGCGAAAUACUCAAGAGGGCUUCCCGGCAAAGCCAAGAGCUUCACGACAUGUACGAGAACUGCAAAAGGAUUAUUGAGAACAAGAAUUUGGAAUACCCUACUGUUCAGAUCAUCACCAUGGAGCAUGUCAUGGCGUUGGAAGAAUGUUUGGGGUGCCCACAAAAUCAACCUCCUCCGAUCUUGGGCUUUCUAUCGAACUCGACCAAGCCCCUAACAAGAGCAAAAGAAGGCAAAAAGAACGAAAGCAACAACAGCGAUAUCAGUACUUUUUCAUCGACCCUUUUCUCGUGCGCAAUGGAGACCAAAAUAAGCAUGGUAUGGGUGUUGUUCGAAGAAGACGAUGUGGUGAAUAUUAGAUAGGCCUUUCUAAACCCCUAUAUAUAUAUAAGCUCCGACCAACAAGAAAUUUCUUUUUUUGUAGGAGUGAAUUCUAACUGGGCUUGUACUUUCAACUGUAUUUCCGUUGUUCUUACAUCGAUCUUAAUAAUGUGAGUUAAUGGUGCU